CUCACGCCUCUGCUGCUCUCUGCUCUCUGCUCUCUGUAUCGCUAUGAAAGCCCUUUUCUCUCUCGUUGAGGACGACCCCGCGGGCCAGAUGAAGAAAAUCAGUCUGUUGUGCAGUUUCAAUGGCGCAUUUAGGCCGCGCCCCCCUCCGUCAGGCGAGCUCCGGUACACUGGCGGCGACACUCGCAUCAUCGCCGUGGACCGGAACAUCGGAUUUUCGAGGCUGCGAUCGAAGGUUUCGGAGUUCCUUGACAAUGACGCCUCGUUCACGCUGAAAUACAGACUCCCAGUCGAGGAGGACGAAGCGCCUCUGGUGCUGGUCGCCUGCGACGACGACGUCCGGUGCAUGCUGGAGGAGUAUGAGAGGCUCGAAUCCCGGAGUAAGCUCACUAGGCUCUGGAUCUUUGUGUGUCAUCAUGAUGGAUAUGGUAGUUUUGAUUAUAGGAAUUCGAAUGUCGAGUCUGCAGUAUUUCGGAAAAGCAAAAGUAUUUGUUAUGCGAAUGGUGAUGGGAUUCGGGGUGGAAAUUUGAUUUCUAAUUCAGGAGAAUGUGAGUUUGGCGGUUAUAAUGUUGGGAAUCUGGGAACUCGAUCUUAUGAUGAUUCAUUGAGAAGAAUGCUACUGAAGCAACAGCUUUUAGCCAAGCAAUCGGUUCAAGAGAGUUUUGACAUUAACCUCUAUAUGGCAAGUGUAAACCUGAAAUAUGAUCAGCCAUUUAUAGACUUAAAAUGUGAACCGCAAGGCCCUCUUCUGAUCCAUGAAGCCGCGGACCUGAAUUUUGAUGGUAACAUCUGUAGGGCAAGCCAUUUAGAUUAUGAAUUUUGGAACACUCAGCUUCAAACAGAUAACAGUUCGGGAAGUAGGCUGGAUGGCACAAACAAUGCGUCAUGGUCUGCUAGCCGCAAUUCGGUCAAGACUCGUCCUGCGCCUGUUUCUUGCUGCUGUCAAUUGGUCGGAAGCACCAACCCUACAAGGUAUUUGCGUGGGAGUGAGAUGGAAAGGGGUGCUCUGUAUGGUGGCAUCCACACUUAUCAAUUUGCUGCAACUGAUACGAUAAGCCAGAGGACUUGUUCUUGUUCAUGUUCUUGCCACAUCCAGAACCAUCAGUAUAGUGUGACUGAGAUUGGGAACCAUCAGAAUUUUAGAUUGGAAGGAAGGCCCUGGAUUCAAAAACUCUACCCUGGCUCAAGGUCAACUUUGAAUAUGUCAAAGAGGGGGCAGGCUAUGAGGUUACGCUGUCCCAGCUUGGAAGGAAGUGGAAGGAGAAUGGAUUCUGUCCGAAACAAUCAAGACUACUUGUGCGAGCAGCCUUAUGGUAGUGAAGAAAACUUCUCUGACAUGGGUGGCCCUGGGAUUCCACACACACAAGCUCCAAAUCCUAAGCAAUAUCAUCUGCCUGUUGGUGCUUCAUACACUGGCUUGCAUAAUCAAUCUCUUCUUUCUACUAGUGUCAACAAGAUUCCUUUGAUAAGCAAUAGGGCUAUGGACAUGCUGGAAAAUCCGUUAACUGGUUACGCUGGUGACAAACAUGAAUCUCCCUGCACAAACAUGCACAGAGUUCCCUUGAGUAGCCAACUAAGUCAUGAUUUCAAAAAGGCAUCUCUGCUUAUGAAGCUGACAGAACCUGUCAAAAUCUCCAUUUGUCCAAGUGAUUUGGAUUCCACAAAGGCAACAAAAUUGGGUUGCAAUGGUAAAUUGUCUGGUAAGGAAUCAGGAGUUAAUUUACUCGGCAACCACCAUAAUAGUGCUUUUGGUAUACAAGGUGCACUGGCUUCUUCCAUGGAUCUCACGUUGUGUAAUAUUGCCUUGUCUUCGUCCAAUGAAUUUGAAUCCACCGUCCACUCCUCUCCCACUAACAAAGAUGUUUCUGAAGCACUGCCAAAACCACAGUCAAAGACUUUAGAGCUAAUGAAUGAAGAAGAACAUCUUAGUUCAGGUCCCCAAGUUGAGACCUCAAAUGGUGUUGUAUCUGAUUCUAUUUCUCAAAAGGUUUCCAAAUUGAAAGUUGAUGAGCUGAAAAUAGGGAUGCAGCGGGAGCAUCCAUCCAGUUUAAGUGUUGAUGGAAAGGUUUCCUUUAAAGAGUCUCCUAAAUGCUCCAAGGCAAAUGGCAGUGCGCAUGGUGAACUUGGUGCAAUUUAUACUCAUCUAGCUUGUAGAGAGCUACAAGAUAUUAAGAAUUGUGAUCUAGAGUAUGUCAAGGAACUGGGUUCAGGCACGUAUGGAACUGUUCUCUACGGGAAAUGGAAGGGCUCUGAUGUUGCCAUUAAAAAGUUCAAGCCCUCCUGCUUUGCUGAAGGUGCACCAGAAUGUGAACGAUUGGUUGCUGACUUCUGGAAGGAAGCUCGUAUACUAGGACAGCUUCGUCAUCCACGAAUCGUGGUGUUAUAUGGAGUGGUUGCAGAUGGACCUGUUACAAAUUUGGCAACAGUGACAGAGUAUAUGGUGAACGGCUCCCUUAAACAAGUUUUGCAGAAAAAAGAUAGAACUAUUGACCGGCGAAAAAGGCUGAUUAUAGCCAUGGAUGUGGCUUUUGGAAUGGAAUAUCUUCAUGGGAAAAACAUUGUCCAUUUUGAUUUGAAGUCUCAUAACCUCCUAGUCAAUAUGAGGGAUCCUCAACGACCAGUGUGCAAGAUUGGUGACUUCGGUUUAUCAAAAAUUAAACAGAGGACAAUGGUCUCUGGUGGACUUCGAGGAACUAUACCAUGGAUGGCUCCAGAGCUAUUUGAUAGUGAUAAAAACAUGGUAACAGAGAAGGUUGAUGUGUACUCAUUUGGAAUAGUCAUGUGGGAACUUCUGACUGGGGAAGAGCCUUAUGGUAAUAAGCGACCAGAGGAAAUAUUAGCUGGCAUAAUUAAAGGAGAUUUGCGCCCUGAAAUUCCCAGUUGGUGCGACCCGGCGUGGAGAUCAUUGAUGGAGAGGUGUUGGUCAUGUGAUCCGAACUCUAGGCCAGCAUUCUCAGAGGUUUCACAAGAACUGCGCGCCAUGUCAGUGGCGAUGAAUAUCAAGUGAUGAAUAAAGCUGGUUGGAACGGGUCUGCUGCGAAGAUGAAGUCAGUCCUUCCUUUUGUGUAAAUAAAAUAGAAGAUUAGGAGCAGGAAGAACAGGGCAUUCUGAGACGUGAGAAAUGUUAUCCGUCCACCGUCUUGUCUGCUGUGAAUAUCUUUUGGCUGUUGUCACCUCUGUAAUAGCAGCUAGUUUUGUAGUGGGUAUAGAAUGGUCUUCUGUUGCUAGUAAAUACACACACAAAGGAGCAACCUUUUUCUUUGUAUCAAUUGGUUAUCAUGUUUACAAAAUGGUAAAGGUAAUUCAUCUUUUGUUUUGAUGCCCUUA